UUCCCUUUGCGUAGGAGUUGAGUAAACCGUCCUGUUCUCCCCUUGAGAGUCCCGCUCUCUGUCAGCUGAUUCACCCUCAUCUGGAAGGGGUGAAGGAGGGGAAGGAUGUAUACAGACACCCGAGGAGCUUCUGCCCCACGCGCCUGCUCAUUUCUUAUCCUGAACUUCUUUGUCCCUUCCUCCCCCUCCUUUUAUGUGCUUUUCUCAUGUCUUUCCCAUGUUGGCAAAAGGCAGCACCAUUUGCCCAUACUUCAGGCUGGACAACAUGGGGGUGAGGCUUUGCUCUGGUGUUUCCAUCAUCCCUACAACCAGUUCGUCACUAGUCCUCUUAACUCAACUGUCAGUUGGGUGCAGCCGUGUCUCAGCCUCCUACACUGUUAACAUCCUGGUCUCAGCCUGUUGGACCUGGUCACUGGCUUGCUCCUGCCCCCUCCUGCUCCCGCCAUAGCAGUCUGUUUUCCACACAGUAGCCAGAGUGAUCUUUUAAAAUCUUGAUCAAGUCAUGACAUUUCUCUGUUUGCAAACACUGCAGUGACGUCUUGUAUUCAGGCCCAGAACCCUUCACAAAGCGAUUGUACUCAUCUCUCUGCCCUCAUCUCCUGCUACUUUAAGCCUUUGCUCGUCUUCUUUAGAAACACUGAUCUUAUGUUUGGAUUUGCCAAAUGCAUUUCUGUUCCUUUUAUUUGGCACACUGAAGUCCUCGAUUACUUCAUUUUCAAUCAUCCUUAAGUUUUGCCCAACACAAACAAUUUAUGUCACACGAGGGAAGGAAGAACAGGGCUUUUUAUUAACUGCACUUAUGAAUACCAAGGAUCAUCGCCUGAGGAACCAGUUCCCGGGAGCUGAUAGAUUCUUCGUUCUAAUCUAGAAGCCUCUCUCUCUAUCACGUAGACACCUGUGAAGGUGUGAAGGUGUCCCAUUUCUGCUGAAAGAACUGGGGUCUUCUGUGUUUUAGAAAUGACCUCAGGGUAUUCAUAGUCAGAAACGAGAGACAUUCCCCUGGCUUUUUCCCACCUAUGGCGCUGCCUGCUCAACAUUCUAACCUUUCCUGAGCAGACACACACUGAAGAUUGGACAGUGGCAGCUGAGCUCCUCCCGCCAGUCCCAGGUGAGCUGUACUUUCAGCUGCUUGGAACUGCCCCAGCUUCAUUCACCUCAUCUGCCUCUCCCUGCUGUCCGGAUUGCCCUGCAGGUGUCAGGAGGCAUGUCAUGCAGAUGUUCUGGACAAAUAGGCUUAGCUAGGGGGAACUGGACGUCUCCCACACCGUUUGUUGAACCCUCGGCUCCUCCCUUUCUACCUUCAUGUAUAUACUUAUAUAUGAAAUCAUAUACGGUUAAUAUAGUGCAGUUGAUCGCCAGGUGGUCAGGCUGCUUCUGUAGUGGUGAGGACGAGCCCCCAGUCCAUUCUCUUCUCUAGAGCUUGUUGACUUUUAGAGAAGUGGCCAUGUGUUUUCCCAGGAAGAAUGGGAGUUACUGGAGCCCAUUCAGAAGGCCCUUUACGAUGCUGUAAUGCAGGAAAACUAUGAGGCUGUCAUCUCUCUAGCAUUAUUUGUGCUUCCCAAACCGAAAGUGAUCUCCUGUUUAGAGCAAGGGGAAGAACCAUGGGUUCGGGGAGCCCUGGAGAUCCAGCAUGGUCUUGGGGAGCCUCCUACAGCAGGAGUAAAGCUCAAAAAUGACACUGAGAAUCAUCAGCCUCUAUGUCUUUCUGACUUAGAAAUACGAUCUCCAGGAAACAUAGUUUCAAAGAAAGUCAAAGUGAAAGUUGCCCAGAAAACAGCAGGCAAAGAAAAUCCGGGUGAUUCUCACAGAGUGGGGAAAUGGAACGGAGAGUUUCCAGUGAAGAAAAGAAAGAAACUCACACCCUGGAAACAAGAGCUGCUGAGGCUUAUGGAUCUUCACAAGAAAGACCGUGCAGGAGAGAAGCCUUUUAAAUGUCAGGAAUGUGGGAAAAGCUUCAAAGUUAGCUCUGACCUCAUUAAGCACCAAAGAAUCCACACUGAGGAAAAACCUUAUAAAUGUCAGCAGUGUGAUAAGAGGUUUAGAUGGAGUUCAGAUCUCAAUAAGCACUUAACAACACACCAAGGAAUAAAACCAUAUACGUGCUCAUGGUGCGGGAAAAGCUUCAGUCAAAAUACAAAUCUACACACACACCAAAGAACUCACACAGGAGAGAAGCCCUUUACCUGUCAUGAAUGUGGAAAAAAGUUCAGUCAGAACUCCCACCUCAUCAAACACCGGAGAACCCACACGGGCGCUGGCGCAUCUACCAAACCUGCUCUCUUGCGUAGGUUUCCACUGUGGAUGAAUCCUCCAUGGGGAAUGAUGUGGAGUCUACACGGACGUGCUAUCUGUAAUCAACCACAUAUAAAGUUUUCUCUUGUAUAUGACUGUGUGUACGUUGCCUGUUUACUUCCUGUGAAAGGUUAAACAAGGUAGCUCUUACACUGCUUUUCAGAUUUAGGAAAAUUACCAGAAUCUCUUCUCAUUUCUCCCACGGGAUGGCGAAUCUUGAGUUGCACCAGCCUUGGCACUAACAAAAAGUUCCAUUGCAUAGUGUUUGUGUACAUCUUCAAGGAAAAACUAAGAAAAUGUGUGUUUAAAACCAAAAGAUGUAAUACUUCCAACAUAAUUUUUGCACUCAACCUUUGUCCAUGACUUGUACCAACAUCUGAAUGGUUUUAAAGGAUUUGAAACAAUGCCAAACAGAAGGAUAUUUAAUAUUCAUGGGUAAACGCCGGCGCCGCGGCUCAACAGGCUAAUCCUCCGCCUAGCGGUGACGGCACACCGGGUUCUAGUCCCGGUCGGGGCGCCGGAUUCUGUCCCGGUUGCCCCUCUUCCAUGCCAGCUCUCUGCUGUGGCCCGGGAGUGCAGUGGAGGAUGGCCCAAGUGCUUGGGCCCUGCACCCCAUGGGAGACCAGGAGAAGCACCUGGCUCCUGGCUCCUGCCUUCGGAUCAGCACGGUGCACCGGCUGCAGCGCGCCGGCCACGGCGGCCAUUGGAGGGUGAACCAACGGCACAAAGGAAGACCUUUCUCUCUGUCUCUCUCACUGUCCACUCUGUCAAAAAAAAAAAUAUAUAUAUAUAUAUUCAUGGGUAAAAUUAAGUAUUGCACAAGACAGUUUCUCUCAGAGUGUUGGGAACACCUUUGCUGCACAGUGAUGAUGCCAUUCUGGCUGCCUGCCUCGCAUGCUGCAGCGCCCGGGUUCCUGUUCUGACCCUACUUCCAGUUUUAGCCUCCUGCUGCCGUGCACCCUGGGAGGCAGGGGUGAUGGCUCCGUUACUUGGGUCCCUGCCACCCACAUGGGAGACUCAGAUUAAAUUCAGGUCGCUGGCUCUGGCAUAGCCCAGUCCUGGCUGUUGUGGGUAUCUGGGGAGUGAGCCAGCAGAUGGAAGAUCUCUCCGAGUUGGUCUUGGGCUCUAACUCUGCAUGUCAAUUUUCUUUUUUUUAAAGUUCAGCAUUAAGAAUGCUUGUUUGUUUUUUUUCUUUUUAAAGAUUUUUUUUUUUAUUUGAAAGGUGGAGUGGCAGAGGCAGAGAGAGAGGUCAUCUAGCUCCUGGAUCACUCCCCAAAAGGCCACAAUGGCCAGAGCUGCACCCAUCCAAAGCCAGGAGCCUGGAGCUUCUUUCAGGUCUCACAUGUGGAGGCAGGGGCUCAAGGACUUGGGCCAUCUUCUGCUGCUUUCCCAGGCCACAGCAGAGAGCUGGAUCGGAAGUGGAGCAGCCAGGACAUGAACGGCAAAUGGAGGCUUAGAUUCCUAUGCCACAGCACCAGCCCCUGUUUAUUCUACUUAGAGGAGAAAAUCAUAUUUCUUAUUUUAUUUUUUUUAAUUAAGAGACACUUCUGCAAUCUUCUAUUCUUGUGUCUCUUCCAACAUCCCACAUUUUAGAAUGUAAAGUUUCCCAAGGCACAGCUCUGACAGUCUUAAUCCGCUGGUUCCCUCUUCCCUUACCCUGCCCUCAUAAGGCCGUCACAUCUCUGGCCAUUCGCUUAGUGGCCCGCAUCCACAGCUGAGAGUCAUGUGAUGCGUUUGCUUGUCUUCCUUCAUUAGUGUUCGCAUCAGGAGGCUGGGGCUUCGUCUCAUGCAGUCUUGUGUCUUCAUGGGACUGACACAGGAAUGAAAACAAACAAGGAAAACUGCUGUGGUCAGCUGAUCCCUGGCUUUGAUUACCUAGGACACCCUGCUUUCUCCAGGUAUCAGGUGCUCAGUGGACGUGUAAUGGCCACCCUUCCUGGUCUUGUUCUUCCCCAGGACUGGAAGAACAGGCAGGUCCUCUGGAGAGCUCACAGAGAAUUCUCCUGUUGGGGAUAAGAAUUUCUAAGUGAUCAUUCUAUCCAUGUGAACUUCCAAUCCCAGAAUUCAGGGCAGCUGUGAGAUGGGAAGACUAGAUUUUGUUGUGUCUGGAGAAAGGCAGCUCUGCCCAGGUUGCUCAGUGCCUUGGAAGCGCCUGCUGCCUCUGCUCUUUGGAGCUGCCACACUGAGGCGAGUACAAGGAUCCGGAAGAAGCCUCAUUAUCUGACUCUGUCAGUGAGUUCCAAACGCAUACGUGGAGGACACAGAGAUGCCAGGAAAAGCUGUCCUGCUCCCAGGUAAAGUUGGGACAAUGGCUUGCAUGAGGAGAGAGUUAGAGGACUUUGAGCAUUUGUGUUUGCAAUGUGAAGCUGGGGGGUGGGGGCAGUUGAAGGAGAGGAGUGUAAGUGUUUGUGGAGGCCCUGGUGGUGGUGUUUGUGUGACACCUGACUUCACAGCAGUGCCCUGUGGAAUCGGGACAGUGCUGGCCUGGUUAGCUCCAUGACCCUGACAGGAGCCAGAGAAGACAGCAGUCUUAGUAGAACAAAACCAGGUCCUAGUCGCCUGUCGGUGAAAUGCCACUUCCACACCACACGGCUUCCUGGCUGGUGGCGCAGUGCUGCUGUCAGAGAGGAGACAGUCGAAGCUGAGAUCUGGGCAGACGUGGCUGCUGGGACAGAGCAAGAAGCCCUGCUUCCUCUUUCAGAUGCUGACCUGGAAACAUCCCUCUCGCGGGCUCAGCUGUAAGGAAUCACUUCUCCAAGGUCAACGCAUCCUGUUCGCUCAGCAUCUUCUGUACCCAGUGGAAGAUAAAGUGUUCCGGCAAGUGUGCGCUCGUUAACUUCCAACAGCUGCCCCAGCGACGAGUGGUUUGGAAGCAGGGGUUGCAGGGUGGCACUUUUACAAAGCUGCAAACUCCAGUAUAAUAUCUUUGAAAUUCAAGCUCAUUGUUCAGGAUCUUAUCUAUCCUGGCAUUGUGCCAGUUUGCAAAAAACAAACAAACAACAAAACCAGUUAUAUAGGCCAAAAUGGAGGAAGUGAUCACCUUACAAUGUGUCAGACAAACACAGAAAGACUGGGGUUCCUGAUUCAUAGAUAAGAGGUCCAUGAGAAUUAGAGGAAGAAACCAAUUACUGCCCAUGUGGUAGAGGAACAGACGAGUAGAGCGGGUUUCGUAAUACCCAUUCUUCCCCUUCUGCCCUCUGAGGCAGCCUCCCAAGCUCCAUCCCACCAACACCCUGGCCGCUUAGGUAAGCCCUCGUGAUCGCAGAAGGGAGAGCGUAAAGACCAGGGCACUGGCAUCUCCGGCAGUGCUGUCACUCAACUGAAUCCUGUCUGUUUGCUUGACUUGUCGGGGGCGGGGAAUCCUUUCUUGGGGAUGAUCUCUGCUCUCAGAAAGAGCUCCGUUCUUUCUCUAAUUAUCCCCUCAGCAUUAGCCGGGACGCUCUUCCCUCCCAGUCACCUCGUGUGUCUGUUCUGGGAACAAUCCCUCCUCUAACCAUUCCCAGGCCCAAGGGGUCUGAGACGCAGGAGGCGCCAGGCACACAGCAGUGUCUUCCUGGAGGCGGAAUCCUUAACCCCGUCCCCGCUCUGUGCUGCAGCCUCGCUCCUUUUCCUCAACCACCACAUUCAUGUUCACGAUGAGUGUGCACACUCGCACAUGCAUAAAGCUGCAGCAGCUCCUGCUUCCCACGAGCUGAACUCCCUGGUUUGGUUAAAGGCCUUUCAUCCUCUGACAAGCCUCUUUUUCUCCUCCCUCCAAGUUCACUUAUCCUCCAGGCAGUGCCAGGAGGCCUUUUUAUUUUUCAAAUAGGAUUUAUUUUUUUAGAGCAAUUUUAAAUUUAUAGUGAAACUGAGCAGAAGGUAGAGGUCCCGUAUGCUGUCUUCCCCACCCCCACACUCAGACUCCCCUUCUGUAGGCAUCCCCAACCAAAGGGGUAUAGAAUCAAUGCACCUGUGCUGACCCGUUGUCACUCAAGGCCCAUAGUUUACGUUAGAAUUCACAGUUGGUGUUGUAUCUUCUGUGGGUUUUGACAAAUGUACAAUGAAAUGCAUGUCUAUAGGAUCGUAAAGAAUAAUUUGAUUACCCUAAAAAUUCUCAUUCAUCCCUCUCUCCCCAUGGACUCCCAGCGACCACCGUUCUCUUUUCUAGAGUCUCAUCUAGUUGGAUUGUACAGCAUGCAGCCUGCUCAGAUGGCUUCUUUCACUUAGCAAUACGUAUUUAAGACUCCCUCAUGUCUUCAUGCCUGGCUGUUUUCAGUGCUGAGUAGUAUUUCAUCACUGAUAUUUUAUAGUUUAUUUAUCCAUUCACCUAAUGAAGGACAUUUCGGUUGCUUCUAAGUUUUGGCAAUUGUGAGUAAACUUGCAGCAAACAUCCAUCUGCAGAUUAUUAAAUGGAUUUCAGUUUUCAUUUCAUUUUCAAUACAAAGAAGCCCAAUUUCUGAGUUAUAUGGUUAUAUACUUUUAAUUUGUACAACCCCAGCCAACUGUUUUCUAGAGGUUGUACCAUUUUGCAUUCCCACCAGGACAGAAUUAAUUCCUAUUACUUCACAUCCUUGCCAAAUUUGUUGUUGUCAAUUUUUUGAAAAAGUUUUGCCCUUCUAAUAUCUUCCUGUUAUUUUAAUUUAUAAUUCCCUAGUGACAUAAUAUGUUGAGCAUCUUUCCAUAUUCAUUU